CACAAAUUUACGCAACCUCAUAUUCGUCCGCUCUUUCCUGCUUUGAGGCGACGACACAAUCUAGAAGAAUGAACCGGUCAUCUGUGAGACAGAAAGGGCGAUGGCAGCUCAGCUAUGAACUCCCGCACGAAGCAUUCAGAUCCCAUGUCUAUCCUCGGCAGUCCUCAAAUGGUUCCACCGUCAUAGUCUACGGGCAUGAGCAAGGCUUGCGUCUUGUGUGGUACGCUGGCAGAGGAUUCAAGCCACCAAAGAAAGAGCUGCUGCCACCAAAGAUAAAUGGGGCUGCAAAGAGCGACCCUAUGGUCAUCGAUAUCGACGACGACGACGACGACGACGAUGCGGCAGCGAAAACAGAGGCCGAAAUAGGGCCUGCUGAGUUCCAAGAAGAUGAGGAGGAAGUGGACCCGUCGGCACCAUAUCGAGAUGUGAUCAGGCAUAUCGACAUACCAUUGGGAACGGCAGCUUCGAGGAUUGCAGUGCCACAUAUUGUUAAGGAUCUCGCGCAAGCUCCUCCAGAAUCAUGGCCAGCUAUUUACAACGAUCGCAUCAUUGUCGCUGCCGCUUGCACUGAUCUUAGUAUUCGAGUCAUAUCUGCUCCUCUUGAUCCACCUGCUCCAGAAGUGCACGACAUCUCCAGAAUGGAUGUCCAAAUUUUGAAAAUAGAAGGUUCAAAUUCCCACCAGCAGCUCGUCUCAGACAUCGCAAUCACUCACACGGGAGUUGUUUGGAAGGAACAAGAGGACGCCGAGGAACAGACUCAACUAAAGCCUCAGACUCGCUCACAAUCUCAAUCCAAGCAAGAGAGUGCAGAAUCCGAACCCGAACGUUGGUCACUUCUCAUUGCAUCAGUGUCGUGUACUGGUGCGGGAUUGUUACUCGUUCAUCAAGUUCCGCUCCACAAAAAUCAACUUACGGCGAACGCAGAUUAUCCUGUCCCAAUCAGGAGGACCUACCUUCGCUCCUCAUGCAUGAAUGCGAGGGUUUCGUUCAAUACCUCUCCGUACCCGUCUGAAAGACAUUCAACGAUACUCAUUACAGUUCCCGCAGAUUCCACAGUCAAGAUCUACCAGAUUUUCCCGUCACACACUCGAGAGCGCAGAGGAUCCACUGCAACAGCUGAUUCCGUCUCGAGCACGCGGUCAACAAAACUCCCAAGCAGUGAUCGAGGGAAAUUCCUCAUCACAAUGCUCCCGCCCUUCAGGCAGGAGAAUACGGAAGUUUUCCAGCAGAGACGAAAAGGGGUUUUGGACGCAAGAUGGCUCAUCGGCGGCCGUGCUGUCGCAACUUUGCUUGAAGAUGGCGAAUGGGGGAUCUGGGACCUAGAAGCGGUGGGACCGACAUCUUCCAGCUCCGGUGCCAAUCUUCUUCGUGGACACGGAAACAUCUCAGGCAUUCAAGGCGGCUCCUUGACUCGGUUUGCAGUUCGCUCACACAUCUUACCUUCUGUGGAGUCCAAACAGAAAUCGUCCUAUACUGAGUCACAACCAACAUCCGGUUCUUUGGCUCCAAUGACCCCGUCGACUCGCAAGGUGCGAUCCGAGGGUCUGUUCCAAGGCUCAGCAUCCACGAAUAACCCAUCAAGACCGAACGGCCAACGAUGCUUCGGGUCCAUCUAUGUCGAAGAAAAGCUUUCGAACCGUGUAGCAUCCGACGAGUCCGUGCUCAUUAGCUACGCCAACGAAACAAUAUACAUUCCGUCAAUCCUCUCUUUCUGGAAGGACGAAUCCAAACCGGUGCGGCUUCCGCCUGCAAGCUUAGGAGGCCAAGUCCCAUUGUCCCUCAGUCUCCUUCCUAGCUCAGAACCUUCAAGCAAUGUGUUCUCUGGGGCCAGCAUCUUCGACAAUACACGCUCUCCUCCAGAUUUCCUCAUACAGACAUCUCAUCGCCUCAUCCUCUCGCUCAACCCACUCUCCUUACGUUCCAGCGCGGCCGAUCCGUCUACACAGACGAUAGCUGCCCCGUCAGACCAAACACUGCUUGCAUCCGGCAAUCUGGAUGUCGAGGGUAUGGACCGCAUCCUUGAUGACAUGGGUGGUGCGGCAGCAACGAAGAAACCCAUGAACCUAUUUACGAAGAGCGUAGGAUUCCGCAUUGACGAUGAGGAUGGGGACGAGGACGUCGACAUGGGGAGCCCGACGCCAGCGAAAGGCAGGGGGUUGAAGAUCAUGAGUGGGAAAAAAGUGCUCGAAGGCCAGUCAGCCGUACCAACGAGGAGAUUGUUCACAUGAGCGCCUCUGAAACUCAACCCGGUUGAAAAGCUGAUGGACUUUGCCGCUUUCCCAGCUGGAGUUGGCUCUCUUAUGUUGGCAACAAGGACGGUUCCUUUGUACGAUACCCAAAUCUCGAGCUUUGUCUUGUUCUUAUGCGCCGUCGAAGUAAUACUCGAGCCUCUGAAUGUGCUGGGAGGUCCACAUGGACAACGUACAGAGGACAUAAGUGGCCCUUUGAAGGCAUCUCUUCAACGUCAUGGUCAGCAUCUACUGGAGCUUGCCCCUACGAUCCCCUUUUUCAUGCGA